AAGAAGUUACGGCAGAAACUGUCGAAGAAGCACGACGCAUUUAAAUGGCCGGUCGCGUAUUGCCGUGGAUUCAGUUUUGUCGCCGGCCUCUCGAAAUCGGAUUCCGUUUCGCGUAUAUUUUUUCGCUCGUGCACCGCGCUCACGGUAUUCGACCUUCGUCCGACUGUCCCCAACAAGUGUCACGGCACCGCGCCGAGAAGAUUUUCAGCGAGGAAAACGGGAAUCGAGCUGAAAGUGAGCGCGCGUUCCGCCAAACGACUCGCGUACAUAUGAUUAUCCGUUUGCACAGCCGUCUUUGCCUCUGGUUCUCGCGUUUUCCGCUUGUUUGCGAGUAGAAUGUGUCGUGGAUGUAAGAACAAGUAACUCUCUCGAUCCUUAGAUCGCCUAACUGGUCGGCCACGAGGCCAAGAAAUCCACCUUCGAUUCCCCCGAACCACGUUCCGAGACGUAGUGACAACCGAACAACUGAUCUCGUCGCCUACAACCCGUAGCUCUUUAAGAUGAACAACCCAAACGAUACGCCAGAUGCGAAUGAAGACAGUAGAACCGGAGUGUACGUGAAUCAUGGUUUGACCGGCUCUAGGAAUAGUUUGAAUCUCGAUCAUUCGAACAGUUCUGAAAUUCUACAUAAUUCGUACGAAAGUCACCAAGAAACACAAGGUUCUUCGGAUUUUAUCUUGGUAGAAGAGUCUGACGAUUACAGAUUGGAGCAGAAGGAUAGUUUUGUACAUUCCACGUUAUAUCAGUUGAAGCGACGUUGUAAAUCGGCUUGUACGAAGAAAACCAUUUAUAAAAGGGUUCCAAUUUUAAAUUGGUUACCAAGGUAUAGUUGUCACGACGGACUUGGUGAUCUUGUUGCCGGCGUUACCGUGGGCCUUACUGUCAUUCCACAGUCGUUAGCAUAUGCUAACGUAGCAGGUUUACCAGCUCAAUAUGGACUGUAUGGUAGCUUUCUAGGCUGCUUUAUUUAUGUUAUAUUCGGAUCUUGUAAAGACACACCAAUGGGACCUAGUGCCAUCAUAUCUCUGCUCACGUACCAAACAGUUUCACAUCUCGAUGCACCAUUGCAACACGCGAUACUCCUCUGCUUUUUGGCCGGGCUGAUAGAACUGAUAAUGGGUAUAUUUGGCCUUGGAUUUCUAAUUGACUUUGUGUCUGGGCCUGUUAGCUCUGGUUUCACAUCAGCGGUAGCUUUGAUAAUCAUUACUUCGCAAAUAAAAGAUGUACUGGGCAUUCCUGCGAGAGGUUCGCAGUUCAUUGAAAUGUGGAGAAAUCUUGCUGAACAUAUACACGAAACUUCAGCUUGGGACGCUGUUCUUGGAGUGACUUGCAUUGUGCUCCUUUUAUUUCUCAGACUUUUUGCAUCGUACAAUGUCGGCCCCAAAGAAGAAGAAUUGCAAAGUACAAAAUAUCGCGUGUUAAAUAAACUCAUAUGGUUAUUCGGUACAUCACGAAAUGCUCUUCUAGUAAUAUUGUCCGGUCUUUUGGGAUACAGCUUUAGAGAAGACUCGCCCUUCAAAUUGGUUGGAUAUAUACCAGAUGGUAUGCCAAACGUACGAUUACCACCAUUUAGUUACAUGAAAGAUGACAAUACAACGGUGACAUUUAUCGAUAUGGCUUCAAAUUUGGGAAGCGGUAUCCUCGUUUUACCUCUUAUCUCGUUAAUGGAAGAUAUUGCCAUUUGUAAGGCCUUCUCAACUGGAAAAUCAGUUGAUGCAACACAAGAAUUAAUAGCGAUUGGAAUAUCAAACAUUGGUAAUUCUUUUGUUCAGGCGUUUCCUGGUACAGGAUCUCUUAGUAGAAGCGCGGUAAACAAUGCUUCUGGAGUAAGAACACCAAUGGGAGGCAUUUACACAGGUACCUUAGUAAUAUUAGCCCUUUUUUUUCUCACUCCUUACUUCAGCUACAUUCCAAGAAGUACAUUAGCAGCAAUUAUCAUAGCUGCAGUAAUAUUCAUGGUUGAAGUUAAAGUUGUAAAGCCAAUGUGGAGAACUAAAAAAUCAGAUUUAAUUCCCGGACUGGGUACAUUUAUCGCAUGCCUGUUGUUAAAAUUAGAGAUAGGUAUUCUAUGCGGUAUUGGAUUAAAUAUUUUAUUUAUUUUGUACCACGCGGCACGACCAAAAAUAUCCGUGGAAAAACUUACUACUCGACAUGGCAUUCGAUAUCUCAUGCUAACUCCAGAUCGGUGUUUAAUUUUUCCAUCUGUUGAUUACGUUCGAAAUUUAGUAACAAAAUAUAGUCAAAGAACUGGAAACAUUGCAACCCCAGUUGUAAUCGAUUGUUCUCAUAUUUAUGGAGCAGAUUUUACUGCAGCUAUGGUAAUUGAAACUUUAAUAAAGGAUUUCGCAUCGAGGGGCCAACCACUCUUCUUCUACAAUCUAAAACCUUCAGUUUAUGCCGUGUUUGAAGCUGUCGCAUCAACUGAUUUUGUUGUAUAUUAUACUCAGGAGGCGUUAGAUGAUCUCCUUAAAGACAGAGGAUACAUCAAACAAAUUAAAUAAUGCACAUUAUUUACGUAUAUAGAAUAACAUAAUGCAAUCUGGAUUACCAUGUUAUUUUACAUUGAUCGUAUAAAUGGUAGUCUCAUCUAUGAAAAAUUAUUAAACAUUUUUCACGAUUGUAUCAUCAUAAUUAAAAUCUACAAUUAUA